AGGCGAGCGAGGACAAGUCAACGACCUUGGAAUAAACAACAAAGGCAUUAAAAAAAGGGGGAAGAAUUGUUCGAAACUGAAAAGUUGGGAGAUUAAUCUGUAACAUUCGGGCUGUUGGAAGACUUCCAUUGCUGCUUCAGGAAGAGGAAAAAAAUAAAUAAAAAAUUCCCUCUCUCCGCCUCCCUCUUCUCUCCUUUUUACUCUCCUCCUCUGCCUUAUCCAGCACUUCAAACCAUCCAUGAGUGUGACCAACUCCUCUGCCUACCGUUCGGAGCGUAGUUUCCACCAGACCUCCUCCUCCACUUCAUCCUCCUGUAACCCAUACAUGGAGAAGAGCCGGGGUCUGUUCGCCGAGGACUUUGACUCCUUCAUGAGGCCCGGAGGCAACACGUUGGGCUUUUCCAGUGCAUCUGGAAACGUCAAAACUCUGGAUGAUUCGUACCAGUUUACAGUGGAUGUUCGAGGCUUCUCCCCUGAGGACGUCAUCGUCACGACAUCCAACAACCAGAUAGAAGUUCGUGCAGAAAAGUUGGCUCCGGAUGGUUCAGUCAUGAACACUUUCACGCACAAGUGCCAGCUACCGGAGGAUGUGGACCCCACCUCGGUGACGUCAUCGCUGGGCCCUGAGGGGACCCUGACGGUCCGGGCGAGGAGGAACCCGGCCAAACACGAGCUCGUACAGACCUUCCGCACGGAGAUCAAAAUCUAGAGUGGGGGGCCAAGUUUCUCACCACAAACUCGUCACGUCUUGUUUUAACUCAUGUUGUCCUGUUUCCACUUCAGCCACUUUCUACCAAAAAUAGUUUAACUCUACGUAAACAGAUCGGAGUGAAAAUCACCAUUUCACUCCUGUUCUGUACUGUUAAAAACCAAUUACUAUUUUUUCAUAAAUAACUAUUUAUUGUGUAAUGUUACGUGUGUGGAUAAAUUAUCGUUGAACGUAAACACCUGUUCUGUAUAAGAACAUAUAAUAAAAAAAUGUGCACUAAUAAUAUGUGACAAAAAGCCUGCCUAGAUUAAAAUAACAUUCAAUAAAUGAAUGUACAGUAUAUCAUCCA